CGGUUUUUGUAUGGCAGGAGUCAGCUUCCGUGUUGGGGACUGUGUGUUCGUACAGAAUGAGGAUUCUUCAAACCCUUAUGAUACUGAGGAAUGCGACAUAGCAAGAAUUCUCAAGUGUUAUGACAGUGGUGAACGAAAAGAUAAUAGAAGAGCCGUUGUAAAGUGGUACUCUCGCAUGAACGUUGUGAACUUGAGAGAGCGCAAGAGAGUUUCACAAGGUGUUCCUCGCAUUGCAACCGACAUAGAAGUCGUCAGAGAAGAACGUUCUUUCGAAACAGACAUUGACGUAGAGAGUGUUCAUAGCAUGUGUUGUGUUGAGGAAGCUUUGUCUUCAACUGAUCCAUUUAGCGUGAGGAGACCAGCAGGCGUGUUAGGACCACUGUACGUCUGCAGGUUCAGUUACGAAGGAAAGAAACCUAAACUCUUCCCAUUUGAGUGUGAGGAGGAUUUAUACAACUUUCCAAGUGAAAGGACAUCAGCUCGUCGUUCCCUCGCCACAGAUCUCACAAAUGUAGAAACUAAUAGUACUGCAAGCCCUCAACAACCCAGAAAGAAAUUCAGCAAGAUUUCUAACAAAGAAAACAGUGGCACCCCAAUUGAAGAGGUUCAGGCCAAGGACAAGACACCACAGAAGGCACCUGUAGGUGGGAACAGCAGUGCUUCUCGGUCAUUAAAACGACAAUUGUCUUCUACCCCUGAGCCCGAAAAUGCACAGAGCAAACGAAUUAAAAUGUCUUCGCACGAAGAGAAAAAGGAUUCAAGAAUGAAAAGUCAGCCUAAUAAAUCACACGACUCCCUGAGCAGUACGGAUGACAUUGUCGAGAGGGUCACAAAUUCUGGUCGCACAUUAAAAGUCUUGUGUUAUAAGAUGUUCAGUAACGGUGAAAUAGACAGGAAUGGCGUGUUAACUUCUCCGAAAAGUAAAGCUAACUUAACUCCGAGUAGUUGCACACCAAAGAAGCAGUCACCAGAUAAGUCUAAUGUGUUGAAGAAUAAAAGUAAUGAUACAAUAAAUGAACAGAAGUCUCCCAGUGAAAAACUCGACAGUAUAAAGAAAAUUGGGAAAGUGAGAGGUCUCAAGGGCAACGAGAUCAGUGACUUACUCGGGGGCGGCAGUGACUCUGAGUUAUCUGACGCAGGUGACGAUGAAAUUGAGUCUGACAGUGAUGCUGAAGAAAUUUCAGGUAAAAAUGCAAGAAGGCAAUGUGAGAAAAAAGUAGCUGAAAAAGUAAAACCAAAAGAAAGUAGUUUAAAUGAUGUGAAAGAGGUGCAAAAAGAUAAGACUGGUGAAAACAAAGUCAAGGUAUAUAAAUGUCAAGAAUGUAAAGCGACAUUUGCUUCAAAAGAGGAGAGACAAAGCCAUAAAGACCACCAUUGUAACUCUAAGGAAGGAUUUUUGUCAAAGACACCAAAGAGCCAUCCACAUCCACAAAUGAAGAAUGUCAUAGUUAGCGAUACUGCUGAAGGAAAGUCUCUGGGUGGGAAAACCGAGAAACUGGAUAGACGUGGUAAAAGAUAUAAGUGCCUAGAUUGUGGACUAACAUUUGGGUCCAUACAGGAGAGGAACGACCAUGAAUUGGAACACGAUGAGGAUUUCAAACUACUUCAAGCUACACCACCCAGGAAAACUCAGUUGAAGAAUACUGGAACGCCUAGCAAAACUGUCAGAACUCCAAAAUCAUCCAAAAAGUCUGCUGCAAAACCGAACAUGCCAGCACGUGAUAAGCCCGUCGACUGCCCAAAUACUCCGCUUGAGCAAGCACGAGCCAAGUUGCACGUGUCUGCUGUCCCAGACUCCCUUCCAUGCCGGGAAGAUGAAUUCCAGCAGAUUUACUCUUUUGUAGAGGGAAAGCUGUACGAUGGUACCGGUGGAUGCAUGUAUAUUAGUGGGGUGCCUGGAACAGGCAAAACAGCAACAGUUAAAGAAGUUGUUAAAAUUUUACAAGAUGCAAGUCAAGAGGGAGACCUCCCCCCUUUCUCUUUCCUGGAAGUGAAUGCCAUGAGACUGACAGAACCACAUCAACUCUGGGUUCAGGUUUGGAAAGGGUUAACAGGUAACAAAGUAACAGCCGAACAUGCCUCGUCUCUCUUAGAAAAGAGGUUUUCCACAGCCACAGCACGGAGAGAAACUACUCUCUUACUGGUUGACGAGUUAGAUCUCCUUUGGACAAGAAAACAGGAUGUCAUGUACAAUUUGUUCGACUGGCCUUGUCGUCCAGGCAGCAAGCUGAUCGUAGUAGCCAUUGCCAACACUAUGGACCUGCCAGAACGUAUCAUGAUGAACAGAGUUUCCUCUAGAUUAGGCCUCACAAGGAUGACAUUUCAGCCUUACACAUACAAACAACUGCAGGAAAUUGUUCUUUCACGUCUUCUUGGCAUUGACGCCUUUGAUCCGGAUGCUGUGCAGCUGGUUGCUAGGAAAGUAGCAGCCGUAUCGGGGGAUGCCAGAAGAGCCCUCGACAUCUGUCGUCGUGCUACUGAAAUAGCAGAAAACGAAAAGCUGUCAGCCACACCCAUGAAGUCCCCCUUCAAACGCAAAGCUUUGGUUGGGAUGAUGCAAGUUGAUGCUGCCUUAAAAGAAAUGUUUACUUCGCCUAAAAUUACUGCCAUAAGGAGCUGUAGUGUGAUGGAACAGUUUGUCCUGAGGGGUAUCGUUGCUGAAUUCACUCGAACAGGUCUGGAGGAAGCUGUGUUUGGGAGAGUGUUGGAACAGUACAGUUCUCUCUGCAGAUUUGAAGGUAUUGAGCCCCUGACAUGUUCAGCUGUGAUGAGGACUGUGAACCAUCUCUCAUCUUACCGCCUUGUGUUAACAGAACACUCCAGACAAGAUCUGAACUUACGGCUACGUCUAAACAUUUCCAUGGACGAUGUCAAUUACGCGUUGCAGGGUGCUGCAAAGUGAUGAUAAAGAAUUAUUUUAGUAGAUAUUUUUACAUUUUAUUACAUGCAUUGUAUUUCUUUAUUUACAGGGAAAGGGAUAAAAUGCAUCUAGACUGGGAUACAGUACAUAAUUUUCAUUCAUUUCACUUGAAUUAAAUGUACAUUUAUAUUCAACCCAUUUGUAUCAAAGAAGAGCCUUUUAAAUUUACCUUUUAUUCAUAAUAAUGAAAAAUUAUAAUUUUUUUUUUUUCCAUAAUAGCUUUCAUAAAAAGUAUUUAUUUUUAAAGAAUAUUUUUUUUGUAUCAAGAUUGUAACUAUAAUUUCCAUGGUUAAAUUUUCAGUGGAUGCAAGAUAGAAAUAUAGAUACAUUAAACUAAUCUGAGGUACAUCAUUAAUACAACAUCUGUGCUAUAUAAAUUUCUCACAAAACUGAAGUUUGACACCUUAAUAUUAACCACAAAAUAUAAAGUUGUUAUAAUA